CCGCCCCGCGGACCAAGGUGCGCGCGUGGACGGCGACCUUGCAGCUGGUGCGCCGGCACGUGGCCCUCUGCUACAUGUGCUGCGAGGGGUUCGGCCACCGAGAACUACGGCUGGCCAGCCGUGCCAAUCCGGACCGUUACCUCAGGCACCCUGCCUGCAUCCCCGCAGGCACCGUGGAAGGCCUUGCGGCGCUGCCCGAGGAGGCGCGGGCGCAGGUCUUAGCCUGCGUGGUGGGCGGUGCGGCUGGGGCGGCCGCCGCGAGCCCACUGGCAGCUGGCGCCCGCGAGGCGGCGAACGCGAAGGAGGACGACCACGCGCCAGCGGGCGACCUGGAGUUUCGCCACACGGUGGCGGCUGAGCGGGGCGAGUUCCCUGGGCUCCCGCGGUGGGACACGCUGGACCUGGCAGGCGCGUUCCGCGAGCAGCUAGUGCCGACCUGGACGGCUGUCCCUGACGGCCUCACAGCAGCCGUGGGCGACUUGCUGGCAGCGGCGCUCAAGGCGGUCGCUGUGCUGCCAGCCCGGGAGGGCGCCUGGGCGCGACUGCUCCUUUUGCCGCGCCUGCUCUUUGCCGUCCGCCCCAGGUCGCGUCUGCUGGGUGACUGGGCCGGCUUCUGGGCGGCGACGGCGCGCCCGGGCGACGGCGACGGAGGUGGCCGUCGCCCACCAGACCUGGCGGCGCAGGCCCACAUGGUGCACGAGCGGCCGAUGCUCGGGGAGGUGUCCCGGGCCGCCGCGGCCGCCGGAGGCCCAGGGAAACUCGCCUCAGGGGCCGGCGUGGGCUCCCAGCUCACCGCGCUCUUCCCUCCCGCAUGCGGGCCGCGGGCGCGCGCGCCGCCGUUGCCGCAGGCGGGCAACUGGGAGAAGGCAGCUGCAGAAAAAAUGGCGCGAUCCCUCAAGAAGUUCCCACGGCACUCCGGCCCGGGGCUCGCUGGCGCCCGCUUCGAACAUUGGGCAGCAACCAUACGCGGCCACGCGGAAGGCAAGGCGGCGCUGGUCGAGGCGCUGGGCUGUAUCCUGCGCGGCAAGGCGCCCGCGUCGGCAGCACAGGCGCUGCUUGGCGGCCGGGUGAUCCCGCUCCAGAAGCCACAGGGCGGGGCGGCGACUGCGCAGCACAAGGAGCUCAUCGCCCAGGCGGUGGGGCCCUGCCAGUACGGCGUUGGGCGGCGCAACGGCGUCGAGCUGCUGCACAAGGUGGUGGCCUGCUCCGUGGAGAGAGUGACAGACGCCUUCAACGAGGUCGACCGGGACGCCUUCGUCCGCGAG